AUGCUAGAGACGUUCUACAUCAUGAUGUGGGUGCUGGUUACUCGGUGGCACCGUCCACCUUUUCCCUGGAGUCUUUGUCUGGCUUUGUUCCCGCACCUCCUCACCACUGAUGUCCUCUCCCUGCGACCUCCUGUCAGGUUGAGAUUUCUGCACUGCACGCCCGGCAUUAUCUAUCUCUUCAGGUUGGGGCAUGUAUUUCAGAAGUUGGGAAUUUGCUCGAUGUCCAGAUUUGUCCGUUUUGUACUUGACAGCAUGAGAAUAAAGCAGGACCCUAGACUUGUAGUAACUGACCUGUGUUUUGGGACCAUAUGCAUGAGACUGUCCCAGCCCAAGGCAGCAUCUCAACCCCGGGGAGGCAUCGUCUUCUUCCACGGAAGACACUUGUCCACACUGGUAGCUUUUGUUCCCUGCUUGCUCCUGAGGUACCGCAAGCUUCUUGAUCCCCAUUCCCUUGUCAUUUCCCAAGACAGCCUGAAUGCCGCCAUUCACUUCCUGAAGGCCUGAAAACCAGUGGGGUGGAUCCCCCGGGUUGUGAUCUGCGGAGACAGCACUGGGGGACGGUUUGUGACCUUUGUCACCCAGACCUUGGUGGGGAGAUCAGGUCUCCGGGUCUGGGCCCAGGUCCUGAUUUGCCCUGUUGUCCAGGCCAUCUGUUUGCAUUUGUCAUCCUUUCCGCAGAACCAAAACCUCCCCUUCCUCUCCUGGAUGUUCGUGAUGACUCGUAUGUGUAAAUAUCUGGUCGUCCACGUCUACUGGGGGGAUGCCAUCUAGAGGAAGCACAGGAAGUGGCUCAGCCCUGACAACACACCCAAGAGAUUCAAGAGGACAGGCCACCAACCCGUGUUUCCUGGCGCUUUUAAUGAGGCUGCCUAUCCAGAAAACAAACCUAUUUUGAUUGCAGAAAAUUCACCCUUCGUAAGAGAUGAUAGAACCAUUGCUUUCUCAAAUGACAUCCCCAACGACACGUUGGUCUAUAAGAAGUGCUUGGAAGACUAGGGCGUCCCCGUACAUGUGGAGGAUGGCUUACCUGAAUUCAUAAUGUUAUUAGAGAAGAAGCCUUUCUCUUUCCCGUGCUCCCUGAAAAUUAUGAAUGCUGUAGUCAGUUAUAGAAGAGCAUAUAGUAGCCCUGGGGCCCUGCCUAGGGUAUGGACUGCAAGCUGA